UUGUUCCGCCUGCGCGUAACUGUGAACUAUAUCAUGAAUGCAACUUGAGAACCAUUUGCAGUAGUCCCAGUUUCUUCAUCUUAGCUUCUACAACUCUUAUUUCCACUUUUAAUCAACAUGCAAGUCAUCACCGUCCUCUUGGUUUGCUUGGCCGCUGCCAACGCUUUUUACGUCCCAGCCACCACCUUCGUCCGUGUCCGUGCUCCGGCCCAUCGGCUCCAUGUCAGCGCCAUCAUCAAGUCCGACCGUCUUGGCGGAAACUUCGCUUACUCCACUGUUGAGGGCCACGCCUACGCCGCCGUCACCCCCGUCGUCCAGCGCGUCCUGACCCCGGUCGGAGUCUCUCACCACGCCGUUGCCACCCCCUACUUCGGUUACCCAGCAUACGGUUAUGCCGGCUACCCUUACGGUUCAUUCGUCGCUCCCGCUGCCGUUUAUGCUAAAGCUGGCAGCCCCGUUUUGUUUGCAUAAACAAGAUUUUCCGAGGUUUACCCAGACUUUUGGUGUUGUCUGAGAUAUUCUUUAACAGUCAUUAUUUUAUUCGAAAUUUAUUUCUCUUACCUUUACACUCUCUCUCUUUUUAGCAGUAGCAUUUACUCUGUUUGGAAAAUAUUCUUUCUCUUUGUUAGAAAUACAAAAUAGAGAACAUAA